AUGGCAGCAGCAGCUGCUGCUGCUUCCGGCGGAAAGGGUGCCACCUGUGCCGCCUGCAAACAGGGUUGCUGUUCCACGCUGGGUUGGAUGCGACCCUUCGGCCUGCUCCUAGCUCUGAUAAUCAUUGGUGAACUGGUGGCUGUCUUUCUCACGCUGGGUUUUGAGUCUCGUGCCCUCAAUCCCAUCUCAGGUAUUCACAGCCAAAUGCAAAGCAUGUUUGUCGAGGCCAAGACCGACUUGUCAUCACAGCUUCAAGACCCUGAACCGGCCACUGCCUGCUGGGACACACUGGAAAGGGAUUUUCAGUGUUGUGGGGCCACGGGCUAUAUGGAGUGGCUGGUUGAUCAUAGUCCAACUCAACUUCCUUCCCUCGCCAACUCAUCAACGGGUGAGUCAACGGUGCAUUGCCUUCUCUUCCCUUACCGACGUUCUAAUUGA